UAAGUCUUCAAUUUGAGGAAGCAAAACUUACUUCCGGGGUGUGAGACAACUUCAAUUAUUGAAAAGCACGCUGCGGCAACAUGUCGAAGAACACUUCAUCAAAUAAAUUCAGAAAAGUUAAUGUUGACGAUUAUGACCCAGAAAAUUUCAAAGAUGAAAUGGUUGAAGGUGAAGAACAAGGUCCAAACGAAUCUGAAGUCAACACUUUUCUAACACAAGGGAAGAACGUAGAUGCACUAGAAGUUAUAUUGAGGAAUCCACCUCUGGGGGCUAAAAGCCAAGCAGUAAAGGACAAAGCUGUGGCACUGGCAAUAAGGGUGCUUACCUCAUUUAAAACAUCUGAAAUAGAAGGUGCGGUGAAAUCAUUAGACACUAAACUUCUAGAUGUUCUUAUGAAAUAUAUCUACAGAGGCUUUGAAUUUCCAUCAGAAGGAAGCAGUGCCUCACUUCUAACAUGGCAUGAAAAGGUUUACGCUGCUGGAGGUGCUGGCUGUAUCGUCAGAGUCUUAACAGACAGAAAACGAGUCUAAAUAUUUUUAGGACUUAUCUUGUGUAUUUGGUCAAUUUUCACUGCUUGAUAUUUAUCUUUCUUCCAAGUGUUUUUAUACACAUACAUGUAAGCUUGAACUCUUGAUAUACAAAAAUUUGUAAUAAAUGAGAACUAUGCUUUAGGCCAGUGGAUUACUUGUAGCAUUUUUCAUCAUUUUAUGAUAAAUAAGAUCUAAAUAGGCUUCAGUAGAUGAGAAAUGUUACUUUUUAAGCAGCACUUUUACCUAUUGAGAAUUUAAAGUUAAACGUAUAGAUAUUAGGAAUAUCUAUUAUUCAGUGAAGAAUGUCAUACCUGUUUUAUCUGGUUAUUUUGAUACUUUUACAGAAAGAAAAUACAUUUGUGACAGAUAGGAAUCAAGCAGCUGGUAAAUAUAUACCGGUAUUACAAUUUGCAUGUAUAUAAUUUAUGACAAAUUGACAAUGUCAGCUGACAAUUGUCCACAUUUACAAGUGCUUUCUGACCAGACAGACAACACUUAUAUUACUGCUAGACUAAGUGUAUAACAGUGGAAUGCAGUUUUGUUUUGGAAAUACAUAUAUUUCUUCUCUAAAAUGCAACUUGAAUGAAUUCAGUGCAAUCUCUGUAAUAUGAUAUUCUCUCUCUGUCAGAAAGAUUUUGCCUGAAGCUUUUUAGGGUUAUAUGUCAUUUGUCAAAGCUUAUGUAUUAUGUAACCUAACUUACUAGAUGAACUGUGUGCCACAGUCAAAAAGAAUAUUAAACCAGAAUGUUAGAAUUCAUUGACAGACUAUUUAUUGUGAACUGUGUGCCGUCGUGAAAAAGAAAAGUAAACCAGAAUGUUGGUAUUCGUAGACUUAUUACCAUUCCACCCAAUGCAGUUUAGUGCUUUUCUCCAUUCUGAUAGAAUGAAAUGUGGUUCAUUAUGAAACAUACAUAUUAUAUAAUUUUCAUUAUUUCAGUAUAGUUGACAACAUGAACAUAUGUUUAAACUGGAGUAAAUAAGUAAUUGGUCUAAAAGAGUUAAACAAUAAGUAAUUUUGCGGAGUGUUUGUACAGAAAUUUUUGAUGACAAGACAAGCAUACACUGCAAGCAUACACAGAAAUUUUAGGAAGAAAUAACCCUGUUUUAAAGAUUAAUGUCAUUUAUACAAUUAGUUAGAACUCUGAAAUGUGUCAGUGUUCUGCAUUGUUAAAGAAGUUCUUUUCUUAUAAGCUUAUUUGUCUCAAGACAUAAAUUUGUAACUUAUUUUAUGUAUCAAAGGUUCACUUGAGUGGUAUUGUCCAUACAUGUUUCAUAACCAUGUCAUUUUGAUAUAUAUUUUAUCAUUCCUGUUGUAUGUAAAAUAAUGACCAGUUAUAAUGAUAAUAUGCAAUAAUAAAUAUAUGACGAUGUGA